AUGAAAAUAAAACAUAUUUAUUUAAUUAUAUUUUUUAUAUUUAUAUUUGAUAAUUAUGUUGAAUGUAAAAAACUGUAUAUGUUGAAACAUUACGAGAACGAGGAUUGCACAGGGACGAUAUACCUAUACCAAGUUUUAUUGACUGUAAAAGAGUAUCAAUUUCAACUACCUACCAUCGAAGACUAUUACAAACUAACCUGUAUGGGUGGGGAAUUGGAUGAAAUAAACAAUAACAACUCUUCAAACUAUGCAUGUUAUGUGGAAGGCUUUAUUAGAUGCUUAAAAGAUCCUGAUAACUGUAGAGAAUAUUAUGAAAUAAAUAAAUGUAAUAAAGGAAAAAAACUUGUUGUAGAAACGUUGGAUUAUUUAGAAAAAGAUUAUUGUACAUGUACUGAAACAAUUAGAACCCAUAAUUUUAUUGAUGAACAAAUAAUAUGGGAAGGUGUUCAAAUUAUUAGAAGAAAUUAUUGUCAUCUCGGAUUUACAUUGGAUUGUAAUUAUUUCAAAUUUGAACUUACUGAAUGUGAAACUGGUAAAUCACUCUUCUUGACAAAUGGUUCGCAAAAAUAUUUAGAAACGUCCAUUCUUAAUCCAAAUGUUAUGGUAACCUAUAGACCCAAUGACCCUGACUACUAUAAAAAUACAUUAAUGACACAUAAACAACCAGAACUAAAAAUUUUAACAAGAGGAAUGCUUACUGAUGAUCAGUUAAUGUAUGUGCGUAAUCCUAGUGCUGGUAUAUAA